GGCGUGGGGAGGGGGAGGGAGAUCUGGAGGGGGCUUUGCAGCUUUUAGAGAGACAUACACCGGGAGCCGAGGCUCCAGACUUGGGCCAAGCCUCUUCGCAGCCGCAUCCCACCUGGGGACAGAGCUGCGGACACCGGCUCUGGCUCCAGCUCCAGCUUCGCUCCCAGACGCUACGAGCGUGCGCCUGCCUUUUUUUUUUUUUUUCUGGGGGCGGGGGCCCUGUUUUCCCUCCAUCCCUUCCCUCAGGCGCUCGGACAUCCCGGGGAUUGCUACUUCUCUGCCAACUUCACCAACUCCCGGGACUUGAAGCGGCCCCACUCCCCGGCCGGCGCACUCGGGCCACCUGGCCGCCCCCACCCCGAGCCCUCUACAACUGCCGUCUCUCCAAAUGACUGGGUUUCGGGGGAUCUGACCACAGCCCCCUCCCAACUGCCUCAGCCGCCGUCGCCGUACUGGUCAUGAGACCCCUGUGCCCCCCGGCCGGCGUCACUGCCCCGGGGGCACUCUGCUGAACGGCCAGUUCCCUGCCCACAGCCCGCGCAGAGGCGGAAAGUUGUGGCCAGUGCUGCGGCGGCUGCUGCAGGUCGGGGCAGAGGCGUCCUCUCUGCUGAGUGUAGCAGCCCCUAGUCCCCCUCCCUCUCCCCAGCCCCCGCCCCCGCGCGGUGCCCCCCCCCCCCCCUUCGCUUGGCUGACCCGCGGCAGAUCGGCCCGUUCUCGCCUCUCCACCGUCCCUCCCUUUUUUCCUCAAGUCCUGAAGUUGAGUUUGCGAGGCGACACGGCGGCGGCGGCCGCGCUGCUCCAGCUCCUCUGCCUCCCCAUGGAUAUGCACUGCAAAGCAGACCCCUUCUCCGCGAUGCACCGGCACGGGGGUGUCAACCAGCUCGGGGGGGUGUUUGUGAACGGACGGCCCCUGCCAGAUGUGGUGCGGCAGCGUAUUGUGGAGCUCGCCCACCAGGGAGUCCGGCCUUGUGACAUCUCUCGGCAGCUGCGGGUCAGCCACGGCUGCGUCAGCAAGAUCCUGGGCAGGUACUACGAAACGGGCAGCAUCAAGCCCGGGGUGAUCGGUGGCUCCAAGCCCAAGGUGGCUACACCCAAGGUAGUGGACAAGAUCGCUGAAUACAAGAGGCAGAACCCGACCAUGUUCGCCUGGGAGAUUCGCGACCGACUGCUGGCCGAAGGCAUCUGCGACAACGACACAGUGCCCAGCGUCUCUUCCAUCAACAGGAUCAUCCGGACCAAAGUUCAGCAGCCUUUCCACCCAACCCCAGAUGGGACGGGGACAGGAGUGACAGCUCCUGGCCAUACCAUAGUUCCCAGCACGGCCUCCCCUCCUGUCUCCAGUGCUUCCAAUGAUCCUGUGGGCUCAUACUCCAUCAAUGGGAUCCUGGGGAUUCCUCGCUCCAAUGGGGAGAAGAGGAAACGUGAUGAAGAUGUGUCCGAGGGCUCUGUCCCAAAUGGAGACUCCCAGAGUGGUGUGGACAGUUUGCGGAAGCACUUGAGAGCGGACACCUUCACUCAGCAACAGCUGGAAGCUUUAGAUCGGGUCUUUGAGCGUCCUUCCUAUCCCGAUGUUUUCCAGACAUCAGAGCACAUCAAAUCGGAGCAGGGGAAUGAGUACUCCCUCCCAGCUCUGACCCCUGGGCUUGAUGAAGUCAAAUCAAGUCUAUCUGCCUCAGCAAACCCUGACCUGGGGAGCAACGUGUCGGGAAGCCAGACGUACCCCGUGGUCACCGGUCGUGACAUGGCGAGUACCACCCUGCCCGGUUAUCCCCCCCAUGUUCCCCCCACUGGCCAGGGAAGCUACCCCACCUCUACCCUGGCAGGAAUGGUGCCUGGAAGCGAGUUCUCAGGCAAUCCCUACAGCCACCCUCAGUACACAACCUACAAUGAGGCCUGGAGAUUCAGCAACCCGGCCUUACUAAGUUCCCCUUAUUAUUAUAGUGCCACCCCCCGGGGCUCCGCCCCUGCCGCUGCUGCCGCUGCCUAUGACCGCCACUAGUUACCGCGGAGACCACAUCAAGCUUCAGGCCGACAGCUUUGGCCUGCACAUUGUCCCCGUCUGAAGCCCACCCGCCCGCCUGCUCGCCCGCUCGCUCGCCGCUGGCCUCUCUCCCGCCGCUGGCCUCUCUCCCGCCGCCACGCACGGAGGGAGGGAGGAUCCACGCCAUGCCACGCGACGGGACGGGACGCUACGCCUCCCAGUUGACCGCUGUCCCCCCCAUUUCCCCCUUUCCCUGCCCUGCAGUCUUUCUUUAAAUCCGGGACCCGUUGAGACGGGACGGGCUGAGUCCCGAGAGGUAUCCGCAGACCCAGCCUUUUGCCCCUCUCUGGCCUCUGCCUCGCCGCCCUCCUCAGUCUCCUGCAGGUCUGCCGGGCGGGAGGCGUAGGGAUGUGCCCUAGCCCGGUCUGGCGCCCGCCCCCUCCCCUCCCGGUGCGCCUCUUCCGGCCGGGGCAGGGUCUUGCGGCGUUGGCCAGGGUGUAGCACGCCUAGCCUAUGAUGGGUGUGCUCGCCUGGGCCUCAGCCAAGUCAAGCGGGCUGGACUAUAAGAGCAGGGACAGCAAUCACGCCCCCACCAACCCGACCCGGUCAGGCCAGCCCUGACCCUCCCCUCCCCGUCCCACAGCCUGCGGAACCAGAAGGAGAAAGAGCGACACGGUGUUAAGCCGCUUUGCCGGGAAGGUUUGGGGAAAGAAAAUUCUGAACAAAAAAGUUAUAAACUAAGGGAAAGAACUACCCACCCGACCCCUAGUGCGCUGGGCUUUCCCUUCCCCCACCCAGCCCAGGACGUAAGGGGGAAUGUGAUGCAGAAUGUCCGUGGGGCCAGAAUCCUGCGAGACGGUAUCUCUGCUGAUGGGAUACAGGGCAAAUGGCCCUUCCAGCUAACUGGACUUAGUCUGGUUCUUUCCCCUUCCCACCAAAACCGCCACACCCUACACCAUCACUACCGCCCCUGUUGCUGUUUCCCCAGCCCCCAUGGGCUUCCCGGAACCCUGGGACACACUUAACCCUGCAUCUCAGACGCCUCCCCACUCCAUCUCAGCCUUUACAAUCGUGUUCAGUCUCAGUUGGUCUGGGUCACCCUAGAGCAAUGGGUCCCAGUCCCCAUCCCAGAACUGGUCCCGGCCCUGAUACUGGACAUAGACCCUCAGUCUGGGGCUGACCUGGUGAAACAGCCCCGGACCAGCGUGGUCCGCUCCUCCUCCCCCCACGGAGCCAAGCCAGGGGGUUUGGGGUCCAAGUCGGGUCAGCAUAGGGCAGUGUCUGAGCUCUCGCUGCCUGAGAUAGGCUUGGGGGUCAGCAGGCCCGCCACUAGUCAGCGAGGACUGGGCGGGGACCUCAAAUUCUACAAUUAUUUAAUAUUAUGGUAUUUGC